AUGGGUCUGGGUGUUCUUGCUGAUCAUCUCCUCUCCAAUGUCCCUGGAACAUCAUUCCUUAAUGAGAAGGGUGUCUCUUCAAACCUAGAAGACUCUACCGAUAAGAACCAUGCCAGCCUCAAGCACGAUCCGACUGGCAAGAUUGUCCUUGUUCCUCAACCUUCUGACGACCCCAACGACCCUCUCAACUGGCCAAGAUGGAAGAAAGAGAUGUUCACUGUCUCUAUCAUCAUUGGCUGCGGAUGCGUCGGUGCGAUAGGACCUCUUCUUGGUCCGGCAUUGGUACCUCUUGCCCAAGAAUUCGAUGUGCCUCUUCAGACAUUCACUCUAGGCUUCACUGGGGCCCUUCUAAUUGCUUUGGCGUUUGGUAACCUUUUCUGUAACUCGUUGGCAAUGAUGAUCGGCAAGCGGCCAGUUUAUCUUAUCACUGCACUGGGCCUACUGUGCUCAACGAUGUGGACCGCAGUGGCCAAAGACUUUGUCUCGCUCGCCGUUUCCCGUGCUAUUCAGGGUUUUUGCAUGUCCCCAAUGGAAGCCCUGGUUCCUGCAUCAAUAUCUGACAUCUGGUUCGUUCAUCAGAGGGGAUUCCGGAACGCGGUUUUUAAUCUGGGUGUCCUCGGUGGCAUCAAUCUUGCUUCACCUAUUGCCGGCGCUAUCAUCGACAAAUACGGCUACAGAACCUGCCUCUGGGCCAUGGCUGGUGCCUUUGGGGUUCAGCUUCUGCUUACCUUCUUCUUCAUGCCCGAGACAGCUUACAAGCGCUCCGUUGAGUCAGGCAUCCCAGUGAACUCUCACAUGGAGGAACCUUCUGCUGCGGAUGACAAGAAGGAGUGUGUAUCUGAGGUUGAAAACAGAGCUUCACUUUGUGAUAGUGCUCCCGUCCCAGAACAACACUCAUUCCUUUAUGAACUCUGGCCCUGGAGCGGUUAUUACGAUUCCUCUGGGUUCUGGUAUAGCAUCUUUGCACCUUUCAAAAUGCUUGGUUCUCCAGUGGUUAUUUGGGGAUGUUUUCAGUUGACUAUUUGCAUGAGCUGGUUGGUCCUCCUUGCAUCCACGUUUUCGCAAAUCUUUACUGGGCCCCCAUACAACUUCUCAGUUACCCAGGUGGGAUUGACGAACCUGUCAUCAUUCGUCGGUACCUUCAUCGCGACGGCGCUGGCUGAGCCUGAAUUUCGUCUUCCAAUCCUUGCUCUUCUGACUACACUUGGUGGCAGUGGCUUUUUCGGCUACGGCCAGAGCCUUGCAAACGCUGAGCCUUGGCCAAUCCCUGUCAUCGUCUGCUUGGGUAUGAUCAACCUCGGAGUCCAAUUCGGCAUCGUUGGAGUUGUAUCCUAUGUAGUCGACUCCCAUCGUCGUGAGGCUGUUGAAGCGUACGCCAUGAUGAGUUUCACCAAAAACGUCUUCUCCUUCGGCAUGAGCUUCUAUAUGAACGACUGGGUUGCGACCCAAGGUGUGAGGGAUGCCUUCUUCGUAAUUGGAGGCAUAAUCAUUGCAAUCAGCUUGGCAACAAUCCCUAUGUACAUAUACGGAAAGAGAGCACGAAGCUUUGCGUUUCGCCAUGGGUUUCUUCUAUGA